CUCAGCUCGGUGCGUUCGGUCGGGGUUUUUUUUCGGUCAUCGGAGCGUCGCAUCGAAUAACGAGUGAAGUGUGUGUAGUUUCUUAUCGUUAUUUUCUUCGAUUUCGCUUUAUUCUCACACCAAGCUGAGUUAGUUUUUCUGCCACACCAGCCACCAGUGGCAGCAUAAAACACUAAAGUCAAAGUGUCGCGAGUGUUGUUACUGUUUGUGUGUUUGUGUAUGUGUGUGUGUGUGUGUGUGCGUGAGAGAAAGUUUGUGACGUGAUACAGUGGUAUCCGGAGGGGUGUUGGUUCGGAGGAUGAUAGUAGUCGGCGGUACGACACUUCGUGCUCGACGUGCUAACGACGAUAAUAUACGAUUGUAAGCUCCCGGUGACAGGACCGUACCACACGGUCAGCAGUUUUCUUCGCACGCCGGGUGUUCUCCGCACGCCGGGCAACAGGCACGUACACCAUCCCGGUUGCCGAACGGAGCGAACGGCAACGACCAGCAAACGGAAACGGAAAGCGAAGAAAAACUUUCCAGGCAGCAAGCGGCAGCAACCCAGCGUACAAGGCGUGCAAGGCACGGUUUGUUCCGCGCUUGUCUUUCGGUUUUGCCGACCACGCUCGCUCAUUCGGGGGGGAAACGCCGCCAGUUCCUUCAAGGUUCCACCGAUGAGCCGGUUCGGUACCAGCGCCCGAUAGCAAGUGCAUCACGCACAUCGAUUCCGUUGUACGGAACGCCCCCGAAUGGCAGACGCUAGCGGACCUUACACCUUACAGUCGUAGUCGUAGCCGGCCGGCCGUUCGCGCACUCCCAACCCACCUAGCGAUGGAUUUCCAUAAAGCGCCACCGCCCCGGCCCCCGAGCCUGGCGACAGCCCUCUCCAAGGCGAACGAUGUGUACGAUUAUAUAUUCAUCGACAGCGGCAGUCCCGAUUCGUACCUGAGUGCGGACGUCGGCAGCAUCGGUAAUGAGACGUUCUUCAACGAGUCCGCGAACGCGUUCGCCAACACCACCGACCUCGGGCCGGUUCCGGCCAGCAUCAACGGUACCGCCGACGAGCCGCUCGCCGACGUGAUCGUGAUGGCGAUCACCUCGCUCGUCCUCGGGCUGAUGAUUUUAGUCACCGUGAUAGGAAACGUUUUCGUAAUAGCCGCCAUCAUUUUAGAGCGUAAUUUACAAAAUGUAGCUAAUUAUCUGGUCGCAUCGUUGGCCGUCGCCGAUCUGUUCGUGGCGUGUCUGGUGAUGCCGCUCGGUGCCGUGUACGAGAUAAGCCGUGGUUGGAUCCUUGGCCCGGAGCUGUGUGAUAUAUGGACGUCGUGCGAUGUGCUCUGUUGCACGGCGUCCAUACUACAUCUAGUUGCCAUCGCAACCGACAGGUACUGGGCGGUGACUAACAUCGACUACAUACACUCGCGAACUAGCCGGCGUGUCUUUACGAUGAUCUUUCUCGUUUGGUUCGCGUCCGUGAUCGUCUCGCUGGCGCCCCAGUUCGGCUGGAAGGAUCCAGAGUACCUACAACGAAUAGAGCAGCAAAAGUGCAUGGUCUCGCAGAACAUUGCGUACCAGGUGUUCGCCACGUGCUGUACGUUUUACGUUCCUCUCUUUGUUAUCCUAGUGCUGUAUUGGAAAAUCUAUCAAACCGCCAGGCGGCGGAUACACCGACGAGGGCCCAAAAUACCGGCUACACCGAACAGUAGCAAUCAGGAGGAAACACCAAAACCAAAGUCGAAGAUACGCUUUCACCUGAAGAAAAAGUUCACCAAUCCCACCAAGUCGGCCGUUUCGUCGCUCGGCCUGGUAGAGGGCAACUCGACCAACACGGUCAACACGGUCGAGGACACGGAGGACAGCACCGCCAAUGCCGCCGACCGGAAGGGCCUCGAGACGACGUUCAGCGGGGACGAGGGCAACGGGACGCCGCUGGGCAACAAUCAAAUACCGACGGUGUCGUACGAGGUCACGCACCAGCAGCUGGCGCAGGCUGCCGGCUGCUCGGAAUCGAACAAUAACAAUAACCCGGGACGGACCGGGUCUGCCGGCAAAACCAGCCCGAGCGGUAACGGUGGCACCCUGCCCGGCCCCACCUACCCGGUGCAGGCCGUGCACGCCUCCUCGCCGCUGCUGCCACCCCAGCACCAGCACCACAAUGCGGCGACGGCGGCAAAGCAACCGGCCGGCACACCCACUGCCCACCUCACGCCCGGCAGCGCGGGCAGUGGGCUGCAGGGGGCGGGCGGUGGCUCCACCCUCAACAUCGCCAGCACGCCGAACCCGCAGGCCCAGGUCUCGAAGCGCAAGGAAACGCUCGAGGCCAAGCGGGAACGGAAGGCGGCCAAAACGCUGGCCAUCAUCACCGGCGCGUUCGUCGUCUGCUGGUUGCCGUUCUUUCUCACCGCGCUGCUGCUGCCGCUGUGCGAGAGCUGCUCGAUCAACGACACGGUCGCGUCGCUGUUCCUCUGGCUCGGCUACUUCAACUCCACGCUCAACCCGGUGAUCUACACCAUCUUCAGCCCCGAGUUCCGGCAGGCGUUCAAGCGCAUCCUGUUCGGCACCCACCGGUCCGCCAACUACCGGCGGGGCAAGCUAUAAAGCCGAUGACGAGCUGGCGACGAGCGGGCGGAGCAGGAGCGAAUGCAGCCACGGCGCCCCCAACCGAUGCGGAGGACGGAAGUGAAGCCCAACACCAUCUCCCGAUUGUUCGUCGGUCGCUUAAUCGUGCCGAUCAAGGCGUGCCCUCGGCGAACAAAAGCGUUGCUUGUGUAAUUUUCGCCCACGACAAAUAAUCAAACGAAAAUCGUCGUCGUCGUCCGUCGCCGUCUUGGGAGCGUUGGCUGCGUUGCCAUGGAAAGAGACCGGAAUCAGCCGAACGGAAGCUCAGGCACUGCCACGGAAUGGUCGUGAAAGAGAACAGGUAGUAAUGAUGAUGUAAGGAUGUCGUCGUCUUACACACACCAAAAAAAAACGGAUCUCCGCCUCCGAGAAGAGCGACAAAUUGUGCCGGGACGCUCGCCAAGGUGUGCCAAAAAGGUAAAAUUGGAGUGUGUAAAAAGGCAUACAAAAAAAAAAACCCCCCACGAAAAGGAGGUCGUAUUUUUGUAGAUUUUUUUUUCUUUUCUUUUUGAUUUCGGUCUCGGUCCUCCCUAUCCCCGAGUUUAUCUUUAUUUGUUGCCUCCAGGGGGAGGGCGUCGGGAUGAGAUUUUCUUGUCCACGGCUACGCGGAUUUAUGUAUCCGCGGUGUGUACGCACAUAACUCAAUUAAUGUCCUGCAUGUCCUGUACCAGCAAAUGGUGUUUUAUGUAUAUACAUGUAUAUGGCUACGGAUGUGUGUGUAUGUGUGAGUUGAAUAAAACCACCAAACACACACGCGUCUGCACGAAGGGAAGUAAAAACUCACGCCUCGUCGCCACACGAGAUGACACACACACACACACACAAGAAGCAAAAGAAACCCCUCACGAAUGUACAAUUUAUGAAGAUGUGCUUCCGGGCACAAAACACCGGGACGAGAAGCAGCAUUGCACAGCGAGCGGCAAAGCGGUCGUUCCAUUUUUGCCCGAAGUGCAUUCCACUUCCUGGUGGAUGAUAUUGUGUGCGCGCUUUUUGCUCCCCCGACAGGAUACGCACCGUACUCGUCACAGAGAGAAAGAGAAAGAGAGAAGCAAACAAAAAAGAAAGAAACCUGCUCGUAAUCCUCAGAAAACGGCCCUUCGCCGUCUCAAACCCAACCGUACUGAGCUCCACGGUAGAGACGGCGAAGGGCCACAGCGGACGGACGCACCAGGUAGAGAAGAAUAAAAUAAGUACGCGCCGUAUCCUGUGAGCAAUAGCGGCGCACUCGUCUCGUGGUCUCAUCGCGCCAUUAUCCUAUGCCCGCCCAGCGGAGCAGCAUCCCGGUGCUUCACCAUCGCACGCUUACGCACCAUCAUCAUCAUCAUUUUGAGCGGCCAUUCCAUCCGUUCCGAGCUUUUCUGCCUGUCCCCCAUUCCGGAAGCUUUGUUCCCAUUCAUCCACCUUUUCUAUGCGCUACCCCAUUAUUGGCAUUAUUGUCACACUUUGCACUUUAAAGCGCGCCUCUCCGAGGUGGCACUGGUGGUGGUGAUGGUGUGUGUAAGUGACCUCCGAACGAUGGACUUUCUUUUUUUUUUUUUGUGCGUUGUACAAACACUCGCUCGGGCGGCUCGAGCAUGUCCCGCUUUUGAGUAAAGAUUCAAUUUUAAAGCACCCCCGGUGCGCGGGGAUGGCAACGCACCGCAUGGCUAGGAUAAAGGUGAACGUGUUUUUGAUCCUUAGGGAGUUUCCCUCGUUGUCCAACCGUCAACCGAACCACCCUCACCGGAUCGAUGCGAACGAUUAUGACUUCCUUGUUGGCAUUGUGUACGGGCUUUUCUGCCACGGGGAAAGCAAUAAGCAUUUUGUGGUUUAAUAUUUAGUUGUUAAGCUAGAAAAAAAGAAAGCACACAAAUCACAAAACAGUGAUUCUGUGGUGAGCCGAUGUUGAUUUUUUAUAUUGAGUUUAGAAAUUUGGAUUCACAUUCAUGCAAGUAUGUCUAUUUUAUGCAUUUUAGACCUUUUUUUAAGUGAACAAUAACGAUUUAUUACACCUUAUUGCAUAUCUUCAGGCGCUUAUCAUUAUUUCAAAAGGAGAUUUGCUCAAUACCCAUACAUGCCACGGUAUUGAGCUAAAUCUAACACGGAAAGACCACAUGUCUUUCUUUAGUUAGAUUUAUUAUCAGUUUAAAUCAACUUUUUAAAUAUAAUGCCAUUGAACUCCAUUGCAUGACGAAAGGCGCUUAAAAAUAGCCAACGGAUUAAGGGAACAGUUAGCAAAAGCACCAAGAGCCUAUUUUAUGAUUGUAUUUUUUUAUCCUAUCUAUUUAUUUACAAGCCCCAUGUUAAAUACCUUGAAACGCAUAAAAGCAUCCAAAUUAGAAAAAUUCACAUUUUAGAUUAAAUAAACAAAUUACAUAAACAUACCUUUGCAUACCUUUAGGCGCUUCAUCACAGUACAGAAACAAGCAUUUAUCAACAGCAACCAUUUGCAUGAAAUGUAAAAAAAGGUGGUGAAAUGAUUUUAUCGUUGUUCACAAACUGUUUUUUUUUUAAUGAUCAUUUUACCUGUAAUCGUACGUUUAUAGCCUCGAUCAUGCAUGCAUGUUGGAAGCUUCCACACAGUUGUAAUAGCAUGUAAACCCUGCGUGAAUGGAUGGACAGGCGUUUUGUCUUUCCUCCCCCCUACUUUUUCAAAGCUUUUCCGUUCCAGUUUCUUACCGUGUAUCGGUACGAUCGAAACACACCACCCGGAAAGGCUCGAUUUACAUGAGGAGCCACGGCUUAGCUUGCGUUCGCGUGGCACCUCCGACAAGGUGCCGGUUUUUGCCUCUCUUAUGAAAGGUUUAAAUUUGUGCCUCUUUUCAAAGUCCCAUUUUACCCUUUGAGCAUCUUGAUGGAUCCUGCGUUCGUUACCAGCGGCAUUCACUAGCGCCAGCUUAUCUGCCCCUGUCCUCUCCGUGAGGUACAUCCUUGCCGAGUGUCGAAGGUGUCGAAAGCGUUCUUCCCAUCUUUCGCCGUCGUACACCGGAGACGCAUGUCAUUUUUCCAACACCUUUUUUGUGUUGCUGCUGCUGCUGCUGCUGCUACUUUCCAUCAAUCGAUAAGAGCGGCCGACGAGCAGGAAGAGAAAUAUGGCCAAGAUGCUGAUGGUGAGCCGAAUGAUACUGACAGAGCGGCACUCCGCUUCGUAAUAGAAUUGCGCCCGUAAUUCACGGCAACCCAGGGCGGUAAUCCAGAGCCGGUCUCGGGGAAGCCAACUUUCCCGUAGCCAUCCUGCCCCGGAUCGCACCGCAGCUGAUUCGCUAUUCAACUUCAUUUGCCAAGGGCCAGCCCAGGUCGUGGGCAAAAGGUGAAAAGGGCGUUUUGGGAGCGAAGUAAGCAAGCAACAACAAAAAAAUGGAGAAAGGGAUCAAGUUUAGCAGGUAAAAGCUUGCCAGUGCACACACAUGGUGCGGCGUCUGCUUUCAAUCAUCAUUUAAAGCAUAAGCUUCACGCUUGUAUGAUUAUAUAUGUAUGGACAAUAAUUCGCAUUCAUCCCUGCCGGGGAGUUGGGUCAGGUUAAGCUAAUGUAAUGUAGUGAGCGAUUUUAUCUUCUCUCUUUUUUUAUGCUGUUGCUUUUUCGUGCGCUUUUUGUACGUGGAAGCGUGAUUUGUUCCUCGAAUUUGAUGCGCUAAGCGAGCACCUUAAGCUUACGUUUUGGGGGAUUUGAUGCCAUAAAAAAACCACGAGGAAACCCGCAGCACCAAGCAGAGGACGCAGCCAGGGUUAAAACUGAAUUUAAAAGCCGCUGCCAAAUAUUCCCACAGGGGUCGGGUCGGCUGACCCGGUAACUGCUGCGGUAACGAUUUAUUUUUAUAUUACAUUCUCUUUGAUAUGUUGCGUCAGUUCUUUUUUUUACAUUUUUUCCUCGCUAUACACUUUGCUACAUGUUUUAUGAUGACUGCGUGUGUGUGGCGUUCCUAUUAUGAUGGCCAAUGAAUAAAACAUUUUGCAAAACGGUCAACGAGCAUCGGGGGAUGGUUGCGGUAUCCCAUCAGCCAAAUAAAUGAUGGUUUUAUAAGCCGCUAGACUGCAUUAGUGUGUCCAUUUUCUGUCAAUUGGAUUUUUUUUGCAAAAGCUUAUUUCCAUGUGUGUGAGUAAUAUUGGCUUAAAUAUCGAAGGAUUUGUGCUGUAUGCAAACUGAUUCAGCGAAGGAUGCUAUUGCAUGGCGUAUUGCAUACCUUUAGGCGUAUUUCAAAAAUUAACUACAAACGCAACUUUCAUGCACAACUCACCUCGUUUCCGUCCGUGCGCUAAUGAGCUGUUGCCCAGCGAAGCUCUACAGCGUUUCAUUACACCCAAAAGGUUUACGCUUUGCAAUUAAAUCCUCCAACCGACCUGUCGAUCGACGAACGCCAUUUUAAUACGCUCCCUUUCAAAUACGGAAUAGAAAAUUCAAUCCACGCCAGUGAACGUUGGGGCGCAUUUAAUGUUGCUCAUUACCGCGCGAAACGAUGUAAAAGCCAAUUACAAUCACAUCAUUCAUCUCCCCCCAGUGUCCCCAGUGUCAAACGGGCGGUUUAAAUCCCUUACCUUAGCAAAGCAAACAGGUACAAAAAAGAAGCGCGCUCUACCGGGUUUUGUCCGCCACCUUCCGGACCGCAACCGUUACUGCCCUUUUGGUUGGUUCAGUAAUCGAUUAAAAGUGAGAGCGUUCUCGAUCGAAACCUCAAAAUCUUGCGCAGUGGUAGGUGAACGAAGGAAAAAAAAAUAGCCUCAACACACUGGCAAAAGCGUGUUGCACCUUCCCCACUACCAACAGGCGGCUCAAGGGGUUUUAUGGGAAUUUCUGAUUGAAUUUUAACCGAAAGCUCCGGCUGGGCUGUCCCCAUUAGCAUUACUAAUUUCGGCCCAAUCGAAUGACGCAGACCAAGCGGCCCCCGGUGUCCUAGCAGGGGGGCCGGCCGGACUCAUUUGGGCCGUGUUCGGCAGGAAGUGCCUUAAAUUAGUUCUCCCUCCAUACCACUCGAGUCGCUGGGUCUGGCGGGACUUUGGUCCUUCCGAUGGGAGCUAAUCAACUAAAAUUAGCAUCUUUUCCCCCCCUGUCUGCAUGUUUUGCAUUUGUUUUCGCCUGUUUACUGGUUACCACCGCAAAAAUAGAGGGGAACCGCGAUCGGGAAGGCCACGCAGCUGCCCAGAAGCCCGGCAAAGAUGUGAGCCGGUGUGGGUGUGUGUGUGACACUAUACAGCAUCGGUUGUCUGUACGCACUGAUUAGAUUAGGUUUUCGGGAGUGGUUUCCCAGCAGCAAGCAAACGAACCGUUCACAUUACACUGUCCUUUGUCCUUCUCUCUUUUCUGCCCUCCAAGUCCCAAACUUCUGGUUCGAGAGCUUUCCAUUUUCCACUGUCUCAUUUUCCGGCCUUCCUGCCUUCGUUGGAGCCAGCCAGGAUCGGCGGGAAUACCAUUUCAAAAGCAAUCAAUCAACCAUUUGUGUUUCCCGGGGUUGUUGGUUUUUUUUUGUUCCCGCUUUCUAGUGUAUCCUUUUUUUAUUAAAAGAAAAAGAAAGGCAUUUUUUAUGCUGUGUUUUGUUUGGUGCGCGGUAAAACCCAACCCAUAGUGCCCUUCGCUCACCGCUGUGGUUGCAGUUUAUACGGAUCGGUAUUUCAAUGAUGUCUGAAGCUUGUGACUUUAUCUCGUCGUUAUAUUUGAGAGAAGAAGAAAAAAAACGCCCCGCAUUUUUCGAUCGGAACAACGCGGAACGCGAAAGGGUAAAACAAAAUCUCUGAAACGCGACAUCCAGACUCCGUGCACGGUGGGUUUGGCAGGGGACAAAAUAAAAUUGCAUGUUUUAUUAUUUUCAUAUCAUUUAAUUUUUUGAAUUAAAAUGAAACUCAAUGUUUGUUCUUUUAUUUUAAAAAUCUAAUUUGUUUGACAAUAAAGAUAAUAUAAAUUCGACGAAACACAAAAUAACAAACAUCAAGGAUUACUAAUCCCUCGGAACCAUGAUAUUGAUAAUGUCAUGGAUUCCGGCCUUAAUGGUGAACGCUUCCAUGCCAUCUUACCUCCUCAACAUGAGACUAUGUACCACGAUCUCUCGGUCAUUGUGAACGACCUUAAAGGACUUUAUGGGCUGGGUCGUUCGAUUAUAUCCCAAUAAACCCACCAGAGCUUGACGAGCUUCCUACGCUGCACGAGAUAUGUAUGUGAGUACUGGUACUCCAAAGGUACGAUAUCUCUGUCUGCCGAGACAAAUUCUUGGAGAUAAACUGCUUGCUAUGGGUAUAGAAUGGCUCGAUGGUGCGACCAGUCGGGAUGACCUUUGACCCAAGAUCAUGGACGACUUCAAAAGAUUGUUCGCUUAUCCUACGUCACCCCUAGGUAGGUCUACAUUUGGUAGUCUACAGCUACCUUGAAGAGCCACAGACCAACGAUGUCUAUAUCUGAGGCGUAUGACAGGAUCUAGGCUGACUCUUUAAAGUCUCCACCAUCUACAGACUUAACCAAUUACUAUUCCACCCGAAGUGAGAUGUAUCUGAAGAAUGAUUUUUAUUAAUUUUAACAUCAAUCCUCAUUCAACUGUUUCAGCGUAUUAUCUUUUUUCAUCAUCGUGCUAAAAGCUCCAUUGCAUGUCAACUACCUUGUCCCACUGUGCCCUAACGAUGCUUUUCCACUUGUGCUUGGGAGCUUUGCUACCCCUACCGUGCGUAUCGAUAUCGGUCGGUGGAUGUCUUAAGCGUUCAUCCAUCCUUUCUCACUCCACGAUUCCCGUUCUAUUUUUUCCACCUUCGCCCAAACCACUACAGUAAAUCUCCUCUAACGAUCGUGACACUGCUCGUGCCCGGACGGGCGUAACCGGAGAACGAAUGACAUUGAUGGGGAGGCUGUAUUUUUUUGCUGUAGCAGUUUUCCUUCUGCAGCCUCUCAUCCCGGGUGCCCGCCGAAUCGAUUGUUGACGAAGCUGGAAGUCGCCGGCGAGCUGGUCGGUAUCGAUAAGCGCAUCUACGUGCGUAUCAAAGUUGAUGAGAGAUUGAUGGGCGUCUCGAAGCGGCAGCAGCAAAAAAUAACAAGCGCAACAUACAGCGACGAGGCAGAGAUGUGGACACGGUUUUGCUUUCUUUAACCCGCUAAAGCAAAAACUACCACUCCUCAGGCUUGUGCUGUACUUCCUGCCCGUGCAUGAUUGCUCUCUUUUUUUACUUUUCUUCGUAGGUUGGUGUCUGCGUUGCUCUUAACGAUUCGAUUCCCGAUAUCAUAAUAUCGAGCCUAUCGAUGUUUUUUUUUUUGCUUUUCUUUUUCCCGUUCUCAAAUUCACCGCUCCGGGGAACACUGUCCCAGCCACAAAAGCACUCACAAGCGACGUACGACGGUGACAAAACAAUGAAAAACUCAUCAACAAUCUGGAUCGCACGCGCGCUCGUAGGGGUGUGUGUGUGUGUGUGUGAACGCAGAAGCCGGGAAAAGGGCAAGUGCGUCAGUAACCUUUUUGGAAAAUCCUGAGAAAGGGUUUAUUAUUUUCCUUCCUGCUCCCACUCCGAACGUUCCUCCACGUAUUCUUUCGCUCGUUUCGGUGGUAUUGUUGGCGAUUUGGACGAUUGAUUUGAAUGGAAGCGUGGAUGCAAGAAGUCGCUUAGGCUUCGGGAUGGGCGGCAAACCGCGAAAGGGAUCGAUUUUUAUGCUUUCCUCCAGUUUGGUUACGGUUUCGGUAACGUUGAGCGGAAGGUGGGAGGUUGGGUUUAAAAAUCUUCCAAGAAGCUCAACCAGCAAAAUGAUUUGCAAAUGUACGCCUCCCUUCGUUGCCAGAUGUUUGCCGUUCAUUUUCUCGUGCUCUUUUUUCAUUUUGUUUCCUCUUCAGCCUUUAACAGUGAAGCAACAUUAUAAAUGAUCAGUGUAGAAUUACCACCCCGAAUGAUUAUUACGUUGUUAUGGGCUAAUUUUUGACGGACGAAACUUUGACCGGACUUUUGGGGUAGCUGUGUUUUUUGUUGUCGUUGUUGUUGUUGUUGUUGUGGUUUUCAUCCUACACCAUUGUGUAAUUUCUGCACGUAGCGCACUUCCUGUACGUCCAAAAUGGGGAAGGCUUUUGAGAAGGGGCAAAAAAGAAAAGAAAAAACCUACCACCACACCCACACCAAAAAGGGGUACAGUAAUGAGCGAAGAAAAACCACACCAAACGUACCCGCAAAAGUUUUGCGUUUGAUGUCGAAUGCAUUUGACCCAACCGCUGACGAACGCUUCGGACCUUUGCGGCAGAAGGAAAAGUGGCGGUUGGGCAAAUUUGAUUACAAUCCUUUUAGCAACGUUGCUGUGCGUUGCGGGCGCUUUAUUGCUUGCCGUAUGCUUUAUUGUUUGGAGUGGCAUUUUUGCUUUGUUGUGUUGGACGCUGCUUUUUUCCGUCGGCCGCUUCCGCCUCGCGCUGCUGCGUGUUGUUUCAAGUAAUGAAAAUAAGCUCAACGCAAUGUGUUUAAUUAGCGCCGGUGCGCGUACUGUUGGCACAUCUAAUGGUGUCGGUCGCCCGGUUUUGACAGUGAAAUGUGAAGCAAUGGCGGAAGAUGCUGUCGAGUUUCAUCAUCAACUGAACCAAAAUGGCUUCCACAAAAAAUAAACACACACAGUACACGGUGGCAUUCAUGGUCGUGAUGAGGAACAGAAGAACUGUUUUUUUUUUCAUUCUGUGCAGCUUCUUUUUUUACCUUUCAAAAGUAUCUAUUUUAAGAAACGGCAACACUGCUGUUUCUUCUUCAGCUUCUUUCCAAGGGUUGUAAUUAAAUUGUCCCACUACUGUAAAUUAAGCGUUGUGGUUGGUUUCGCCCUUCGUUUUUGUGUGUCCUUUCGAGCGACUUAACUACAACGACACACAGCGCGUGGGGUGAAUUUGAAAUGCUUCUAUGUUUUUAAUUAUUUAAUUUUCCUAAAACAUUCAACCCCCAAUUCGUGUCCCCUUUAUGGGGAGGGCGGCUAUACCCGCUUGCUUUGGGUCUAAAUGGUGAAAUUAAGUUAACUUCUGUGUGGAAACACGUUUGUUAUGAUGCUGUAGACUUUGCUCUGCUUCGCACACACACACGCUGAACAGCCUAAAAGUUUGAAAAGAUUUUUUUCCUGCUCGAUGGUGCUCGUGAAAGGUUCUGUAUAAGAUGAUUGCCUUAUUAAAUGUCCCCUGCGUAAAUGUCCAAUAGCUAUGCAUAUGAUAAGCCUCAAACCACACAUAUAGAUAAGCCCCGUGCAAGACGCCUCAAUGGGUGUUCGUUUGUAUCGUUGCCCUCUCAAUCGUUCCCAGCUGGGUUGGGUCUUGGUUUUCUUGGGCGAAACUUUCCAGAUUUGCAUAAUCUUGCCUUUUUCCUUAAGGAGUAGGGAACUUUCAAACUUUAAACCCUUUGUUUAUCGAAAUUGAGAGAAAAAUUCGAACAAGGAUUAUAUUCAAGCUUUGCAAUCACAUUCCAUAACCGGUGCGAAAGAUUUCAAUGGUUUUAAAUAUAUGCAUGCUUUCAUAAUGAAUGGACACGAACAAUAUGUUUCUCUUGGCAGAUCAUGUCUUGUGCCGGUGGCGACGUGAUACUGGAUGACUUGAGUUUUAAACUCUCAGUAAAGUUGGAAAUGUUGGGAAGUUAAUUAAAGAACACACUCACUGAAUGCUUUGAAUUAUUAAUAUUUUAUCUCUUUGAACCACCCGCACCAGUGCCGUUCUUCGCCGUAAUGCCUCAAAAUCAAACAGAAUACAAAAUUGUCCUUUGUAAUCGGCGAAAUAAGCUGCCUCAGUUUUAUGAACAGCGUCAAGAAAAGUCACCCACUCAACACUCCACUUAAUUCACCAUCCAUCGAACAACCGGCGAUUGAUCCUUUCGAAACGCUCGCCCUUUUUUAUACUUCUCCUUCGGCGAAACCAAACCCUCACCAAACCCUUCACUCGAACAGUUAUUACAUUUUUAACGACAUUUAUUACGCUAACCCUGAGCCGAGCUCCCAUUUCUAUGAAUGUCUGUCAAAGUAGGUAUUAGGUGAAAUGCUGAAAUGCGGUACGAAUGACGGAAAUUUUGCACCUAAUAAGGCAUGCCCCCAUAGCUUACCCGCCGCCUGCCGUAGCCCGGCUUGGUAGUGCUACAGCAUUCGCACGAACCGGACGACCGGAAAUUAUCCAUCAACACAGCUAGCAGUUCUGGCCUGAAAUGCUCUAACAAGUUACUCAUUACAACGUUCAAUCGAGCUGUUGACAAGCGUUUCCGUUGUGCUGUCUAAUGGCACAGUGGGAUCUGUUCGUAGAACGGAAGGAAAAUGGUUAUUAGUUUUUCUUAGUGAGAAAGGAUGGUGAUAUCGUUUUGGUAUUUUAUAAAUUAUCUUUAUUUUCAUUUAAAAACCCGUCGUCACUGUAAUGAACGUAUUGGAGCAGUCAUUAGAAAACCAGAGAAGGUAAAACAUUAAAGGAACAACUCUGUUCUAUUUCCUUCAUAAACAUCUAUAAAACUGUCCAAAGCACAAACGAUGAGGCCAGUGUUACACAGUGCUGUUGUCUGUUUUGCUGGUUGAAUAGCUAAUAUUACUGUAGCUGAAUCUGUUGAAAUCAAACGAUCCGCUCGGCUAGCUCUCCAUAACAUCUACACCCUACAGUACACUUUUGCUGCUAAUUGCACACGUACUAUUAUAGACACAAAUGUCCCAUUCACACAAAAGUCCUUUCACUGACAAUGAGCAACAACAGCAGCAGCAGCAUCAGCAAGAAGAGGAAGCUUCGGCAUCGAAUCCUUCUUUCCUUAUUGCGGAAGCAGCGACAGCAAGAAACAAUGGUCUCUCGGCCACCACACCCAAGUCCGGAACGGUAUGACUAAUCGUUAAAAAUAAUGAUUAUUAGCGUGCUGGAGCCGAACGAAAACAAAGAAAAGCUGGCUGGGACGAUCCCUCAGGCCGACAGAGUGUACGUUUCUUGUGCUGGUUCUUAAACUGCGCUAAGAAGCAGCACAACACAAAACGUACAGCCGGUAUGCAGCUUGAAAUGCUUCCAAUUAAUUCGUCCUUUUUGCCUGUGCCAAACUGGCCCUUGGAAGGGUUUUGUUUUUGAUAGAGAAAGAGUUUUAGAGAAACUGGGCUUUGUUUAAAGGGCUUUGUUUUAAUGAGACGAUCUCGCGUGACACUGCGUUCUUCCUUUCUGCCCACCUCUUACGACGAAAUGAGGUGAUCGGUCCCAUUAUAUGAUCAGGUUCAUAACUGACAUUCAGUUGUUGAUUAGUGUUAAACAAGAAGCCAGUUCUGUUGGACGAAAUAAGCGAUCAAAACCACGUUCAAUCCACCAGGACGGGAGAACAUUGCUAGAAGAUUUGAAGGACAAAAUUGGUGAAUCGUUGCCAAUGUACCCUUUGUUUUGUGCAUGUAAUCGACAUCUUCUGCAUCUUGUACAUGUGAGCGUGCGGUAAGACGUGGCGUGAGGAGAAAGGUGCUGUGGUUGUGUAGUUAAAGUUAAAAUCCUUACACACACACUACCCUGUAAAAUGAUCCCCAGCACGAACACGAUUGCUGACAUAAUGUUGCGUAAUGUUGUAGCAAUGUAAGAAUUGCGUGUGCGUGAAGCUAGUUAAGCAUGCCAGCCAGGAGUUCGAAGUAAGGAAAUAGACGAAAAACAAACCCGUUUUUGUUAUAAAAAUGUGUAGGAACUCUUAAUAGAUCAUAUAGUUAAAUUGUAAAGUAAAUCGUACGCAAACAUACGUAGCCAUAAGGACAAAGCAUCCUAGAUGGGAAGGAGGAAAAACAAAACGAAACAGCGAAAUCAACCCGUAACCACUCAGCAAAUGCCACCGAGAGUUUUAGUGUAUAGGAACCAUGUAGCUAGACAGAAUGCUAUUUGAUGAAAUGGACUAAGCCAAGGGAGGGUGUAAGUGUGUGUGUAUGUGUGUGUAACACAGAUAUAGCCAAUUUAGACUACUUUUAAUGGUUGUUACAGCUCCGUACAUAGCGGCUGCCGUCAGUUGCGGAUGGAUUUGAAUGUGUCUAUAACAAACAAAGCGUGCAAACACGCACAUAUACAUACAUAUAGCAUAGUAUACACUAGAUAUAUAAACAAAAUGGGAGAACAACUUUAACUAUACGUACUUAUUAUGCCAAAAUGUCCAACAAAACAAACAAAAACGCAAAGGAGGGCGGCACAGGCAAGGCUAGCGUAUACAACGUUACUGUACAUUAUCAAACCAAAUACAAAACACAAACGAACGAUGCGGGAUGUUUUUAGCGGAUAAGGAUACGCACGUCUCGAUGCUUCUUUCUGCCCGAAGAAGUUUCAACACGAGACGAUGCAUGUUUGGAUGUUUUGCAUUACUCCAGACAGCACUCAAAAAAGCGGUUUGCCCCAGGAGUGUUUACAGCGUAAUGCCAAAUAUGCAGACGAAACGUACAGAUUGAAACAAAAGUUAAUAGGUUUAUGGUCUGGAGCAGAUGUAGAUUGUUAAUAUAUUUAAGUAUUACAAAUAAAAGUAUAAGAAAUUGGGCGACGAGUGAGCAUCGGAAAUACGGUGAAGAGGGGAGAAGCAAACACUAUUUUUGAAAAGGGAAUUUGUAAAAAAACAAAACAAUAUCAUAUGUGUCAAACAACGCACAAAUAGAUCGUGGCGAUCGGUGAAGGAGCCCACUUCACCAUCACGGCGGUAUAAUGUACAUAGUAAUGGAAUAUAUUUGAGGGGAAGCACUUCCCCGUUUGUCUAGAUUAAAAUACAAACUGUUAAGCUACGCUACGAAACAUUAGAUUGCGCCUGUGUACGUACGUGUAUGGUGUACCAUAUAUUUUAAAACCAGUGGGUAAGAUGCAAUCUCAGUGCAUGCCGAAGAAUUGACCGCUCACAUGGGGAAACGAAGUGCGAAGACCUAGAAAGACCAACCAGCCAGAGGCUCACGCCGGGAGCUGAGCUAAAUGCUAAUUGAAUCUUAUCCUUCACGCUUCACACCAAGUUACGGGACGGAGCCGAUCUGCAGCUCCCAACAUUGCCCCACACUCGUCUAGCUUCACGUCUGACUACAAAACAAUGAUCCAAUUAUAUGUUGGAUCCUCUAGUGUAAAAUGGGAGGACGUGUGAAAGAGAAAAGAUCAAAACAACUAGCCAAAUAGUGAAUCAAAUCGAUACUAAACAAACAAGUAACACGUUAAUCAAAACAUAACUAAAGCUGAGCGUCACAUGUAAGCUCGAGAUGCUACCGAAACACACACGCACACACAAAAACGCACUACACGUGCAAAACAGAAAGCAACAAACUAAGGAUUGUGAAUUUGUUAAAGGUUAUUGAUUAUAUUGUUAAGAGUACAGGAUAUGUGUUUAAAAAUCUCAAAUCAAACGUACGUACCAUAGUGGGGCGGGGAUCGCCGUUAAGCGAACAGUUCAAUAGAAAGCAAAAGCCAAACCACAGAAGAGGACAAAACAAAAAAACAAACAAACAAAACAAACGAAAACGAAACAAAACAAGAAAUAAACAUAACAUUGAAUA